GUGUAAUGUACAAAACACCAUAUUUAUGGGGACUGAUACACAUGUGCCUCAUGCAGAAAACAACAGGUUUGACCCCCCCAACCCUUGCAAUUCCCCCUCUUCCUCCAAUGAGCACAGUGUGGCGGGAAAAUAUAGAUCACACAUUUGGGGUAAUUAAUAGAAGACUUAGCUGUAUCCCUAGAGCCAAAGCCCUGGAUUAAACACACUCUCCAGUAACGGAGCCCCAGCAGAGUUUAAAAGUCAUAAAAUGUGCAACAGUGAAGUGUUAGAUCCUUUUAAUACAUUAUCCCAUUUGGUCCACUUACAGCCCCCACCCCCCGCCUCUACCCCUCUCGCAAUGAACAGACCACACCAUUAGUAAGUUUAAAUGCUUUACUUACAAACUCCAAAGGUCAGAUUAUUUCUUGGUCAGAUUCAGCAAGAGGAACACAUGCAGAAACUUCCUGUGUUACCAAAUACAGAAAAAUACUUAAGAGUACGAGGCCUGGGCUUGUUGCCUGGUCAACUUCACAUCAUGGGAGAGAAUGAUGAGGGGACCUGACUUAGCUAUGGCUGUGCCAGGGGACAAGGUCUACAGCAGCUGCCUCCCUUUUGGCGAGACGCACCAGAAGCUGCUAGCCACCAUCCUGAUCGUGCUGGGACUUCUCGCUUUACUGGAAUAUGCCGUCAGACUGAUUUCCUUGGGCUGGAUUAGCAUCUCUCCAUUAAUGAGGAAAAUACAUGACUCUUGCUUCAAGAAAGGCGGCCAACUUCUGAAGACCAUGAAGAUCCUCUCCAGCAGCAAGAGACUGUGGAAGGAGUCACUGCUUCUCAGAGGCCGCAAGAAGCUCUCCAGCAUGCGCUUCCGCUGCAUCGUGGACCCCGUCAAAGUCACAGUGAAGAUGAGCAGCCUGCAGGAGCCCAAAGCGUGCUGCUCGCAGGGCGGCCGCAAGAGCAAGGCCUACUACUCCGGCGAGUGGUCCAGCCACCACGACACAGACGACAAGAAGGCCAGUUGGUGCAGGAGCCCGCAACGCCGCCGAAGCAGCCAAUGCAGCUCCCACCCCUCAGACACCGAAACCCCCCAGCCGGCGUGCCCCGCCGGGUCCGUCGCCUCCUGGGUACGUUUCAACUUCAGCCCCCCGCAGCGCGCCGCCGAGGCCGCAAGCAGCUCGGCCCGUUGCGGGGCCCACGCCCGGAGCCACCAAAGAGCCACUGGCGACAAGCAGCACAGCUCGGACAUCGCCAGGGAGGGUGCCCAGGGGCAGAGGUUCCUGCAGCACUCGGUGGGCAUGAACACCGAGGAGCCUGCUCCCCGCUGCCCGGAAGCCCCUCACGAACACUUCAACCGCCAGUCCAGCGAGACAAAUUUCAUCCUCAGCCCCAUCUUGCCGGGCCCUAGGCGGGUGGUGUACUCUGCCCUGGCUUCGGAUGCGGUGUCGAGGACCCACCUCAACGGCGAGGAGUACCCCUACCCGCACUCCCCAAGAGGGCCACGCCACCGCCUCGGGCCAGAGUGGCAGCAGCGCUUGCCCGCGGCGCAGCAGGCCGAAGUGUAUGUUUACCUGGUCAGCCCUCCGCUGCCCAGCCCGGAACACAACCCCGACCAGCCCAACCACCCCUUCUCUGCAUCCCAAGGCAUCUCCAGAAAGGAUGUUCUGGCCAACAGGAUGUCUCUCAGCCACAGCAGGGGCAGUUCCAGCCAGGGACCGGCAGGGCAGGGGGGCAGCGACACCCACAAGCAGCGCAAAAGCAUCUGGGAGAGGAAGCACCAGCAGAGGUCCCUGCAGCCGACUCCGGACUACGAGAAGCUGGCAGGAGGCAGCGGUGGCGCCAGCCUGGGCCACCACGAACCCUUCUCCCACAAUCCCCCUCUCUUGGCGGACAGGGGGAGGGGAGGGCUCGAUGCAACACCACCCACCAUUGCCAGCUGAAGGCGCCUUUAAGUAGGGACGGGCUCCUGAAAGGAGCAAACGGCAACCUCUCCCGUUUCGUUGAAUACCCUUUGAGCGUGCUCGGGUCAAUAAAAAUUGAAGGCAAGGCAUGAA